CACUGGCUUGAUUGGGAAGGGCAAUUGUGGCUGCCGGCAGGCUCACGCCCACUUUACACCCCGCGUCGCCGGCGCAGGCGCAUAGUGGCCUCGGCGCAGUGGGGUUCGCGGCUCCUGCCUGAGGCCGUGGUUUCGAGCUCAGUCCGCUGCGGGGAGGAGAUGCUGUCUCGACUCAGCGUUAGGUGGUUGCGGCCACUGCCUGCCCUGCCGCUGGGGCCCCUGAGUGUCCGGCUCGCGCCGGUCCCAACGGACAGCGCCAAGCGCUCCGCUUUGCCAGUGUGGGCGGUGGCGCCGGUCUCUGCAGUUGGUCCGGGCGGUGCCGGUGGCUGGUACGAGGCCUUGGCUACGUCGGCUCCGGUGCAAGGCGCCGAGGACGUGCUGCUUAAUGUGCACUCUGCCACGGGCCUGCCCUGGUGGGGCAGCAUUCUCCUCACCACCGUGGCCCUGCGCGGCGCCAUCACGCUGCCCCUGGCCGCCUACCAGCACUACAUCCUAGCCAAGGUGGAAAAUUUGCAGCCAGAAAUAAAAAACAUUUCAAGACAUCUUAACCAAGAAGUUGCAGUUCGUGCACAUCAGUUGGGAUGGUCCAAAAGAGCUGCCAGGCUCACUUAUCUGAAGACUAUGCGGAAGCUUGUUUCAGAGCUGUAUGUUCGGGAUAACUGCCACCCUUUCAAAGCCACUGUGUUGGUGUGGAUUCAGCUUCCAAUGUGGAUCUUCAUGUCUGUCGCUCUCCGGAAUUUGAGCACAGGGAAAACACAGUCCGAAGCAGGUUUAUCUGUUCAGGAGCAGUUAGCUACUGGAGGGGUCCUAUGGUUUUCCGACCUCACUGCCGUGGAUUCCACUUGGAUUCUGCCCGUCUCUGUUGGUGUCAUCAAUUUACUGAUAGUGGAGAUUUUUGCUCUGCAAAAAAUUGGUACGUCUCGUUUUCAGACCUAUGUUACAUACUUUGUUCGUGCGGUAUCGGUGCUGAUGAUUCCAAUUGCAGCGACAGUACCUUCAUCGAUUGUUCUCUAUUGGUUAUGCUCCAGCUUCGUGGGUCUUUCACAGAACUUGUUGCUGCGUUCUCCUAGAUUUCGCCAGCUUUGCCGAAUACCGUUAACCAAGUCCGAUUCAGACACUCCUUAUAAGGACCUCUUUGCUGCCUUUUACGCCAAGUUCAUUUCAAGGAAAUGACAUACUUUCUAGUAAUUUUGAAACAAUUUUAAGUUUCACUGUUAAUAUACCUAGAAGAUUUGGAAAUGCAAAUGUGACUUAAUUUGAUUUCAUUUAAAAUCGUAAGCUCUGUGGAAUUCCCAUCGUGGCUCAGCAGUUAAUGAACCUGACCAGGAUCCAUGAGGAUGCGGGUUUGAUCCCUAGCCUCACGCAGUGGGUCAAGGAUCCAGCGUUGCUGUGAGCUGUGGUGUAUGUUGCAGAUGCGGCUCCGAUGGCUUAGGCCGGCGACUGUGGCUCUGAUUCAACCCCUAGCCUGGGAACCUCCAUAUACCUUGAGUGUGGCCUUAAAAAGAAAAAUAAAUAAAUAAAAUCAUAAACUCUGUGAGGUACUAUGGAUUAAGGUAUAAACUACAUAUAUUUGAUAAUAAGUGCUAAAAAUGUAGUAUGUUUAAUGGUAUACUAAGAGUAUAAAAGUAUAAACAAAGGCCUGUUUAUAAAAUUAUAGAACUUGCUGGAAGUACCAGAACUUUGGAGAAGAGGACUAGAAAAGUUUUAUAAAGAGAAUCCAGUGGGGUGAUUCUUAAAAUUUUGGAAGUGUGGAGCAUCAUAGACCCAUUUGGGCAUUUGAUAAAACCAUGGUUUUCUCUUCCAACCAAUCCUGAAACUCACAACAUGGAGUCCUUUGACUGCCCCCCGAAGGCCUUCUGGUAGUUCCUAACUAAUGAAUACUCUUCUGAUGGACCAUAUUUUGAUGAUCAGUUAAUGUGUGAUUUAAAAAAAAAAAAAAUGAACUUGAGAAGUUGCCUUUGUGGCACAGCAGAAACGAAUCCAAUUAGGAACCAUGAGGUUGCGGGUUCGAUCCCUGGCCCCACUCAGUGAGUUAAGGAUCUGGUGUUGUGGUGAGCUGUGGUGUAGGUCACAGACAUGGCUCAGAUCUGGCGAGGCUGUGGCUGUGGUGUAAGCCGACAGCUGUAGCUCCGAUUAGACCCCUAGCCUGCUAACCUUCAUAUGCUGCAGGUGCAGCCCCAAAAAGGAAAAAAAAAAAAAAAAUGAACUUGAGAUACAUGCAGUAGUAGUCUAUGCAUGUAAGAAAGUAUUCAAUAUGUAGGUGGUGUUACUUCUCAACUCUGCUCUGAAAAAAUACAAAAAAUGUAUGUUCCUUUUUUUAUAAUUUAAGAAGUAUGGAUAAUAGAGUAUAGCACUAAGUACUGGGAGCCCAAAGUAGAAGGUCCUAAGCUAAUCAUGUGGAAUAUGAAGGAACCAGGUAUCUCUGAUAACCCUUCAAGAAGGUGAAAAGCUGGAGUUCCUGUUGUGGCUCAGCGGUAAUGAACCCCACUAGUAUCUUUGAGGACGGACGCAGGUUCAGUCCCUGGCUUUGCUCAGUGGGUUAAGGAUCUGGCAUUGCUGUGAGCUGUGGUGUAUAUCUCAGAUGCGGCUCAGAUCCUGAGUUGCUGUGGCUGUGGUGUAGGCUGGCAGCUGCAGCUCUGAUUCAACCCCUAGCCUAGGAACGUCCAUAUGCCACAGGUGCAGCCCUAAAAGCUAAAAAAUAAAAAUAAUUACUAAAUAAAUGAAAGUACAUUAGUUUCACUGUUACUAGAAGUUAAAUAGUAGGUGAAUAAUCAGCUUAUUUAGCCAGAGAGCAUGCAUAUGAACCUUGCAUUUAUAGUUGUGUAUUUAGUCAUUAAAGAAUGUAGGUAAAUCACAUAAUUGUGAAAAAAGAUUGUUGUACAGAAUGGUAGACAGCUGUUUGAGUCUUUUUCCAUCAUCUCAAACCCCUGAAAGCUGCAACCUUUAAGAGCGUCAAACUGUCAGCAGCUAGAACCCCAACAAACAACUGAACCAAUCUUCAUAAGGACCAGCAUAGCCCCAGAGAGGGAAUGAUUCUGUGACUCCUAACAUGUUAACUUGACCGCAGUCACUUGUGGAAACCAAUCUAAAAGCAAAAAGGACUAUAGUAAACUUUGAACAUUAUUUGGUAAUUGUAUCGCUUAUUAGUAUUGCAUUGCUAUUUCGGAACUCUGUCAGGUAAAAUAGGAUAUUCAUUGCAAUAUUCAUUUUCUGUGGAUGCUGUAACAAAACCGUUAGCUGCUUAAUUACCAGAGGAAGAUAAUAUCGAAUAUGUUUGUUGGAAAUAUUAUAAGGUAUAUCUCUUUCAAGUUUUUCUUUUAAGGGAUAGGUUUAGGGAUUGCCCCUGAUAAGGAAAUUGGUCCCGCAAAAGAAGAUUCUCCCCACAGUUCUCCACCCCUACACUCAGAAAGCCUAGCUUUUACCAAAGACCUACCACAAUCUGAGUUAAGAACCGAUGAAGUAAAAUUCAUAUUUUAUGGCAAGAUAAAAAUAUUUAAACAUAAAAAUUUUCCUUUCCCCUGUGGGCCUCCUCCCUCCCCUUCAGUAUAUAUGGUGCAGCUGCAUUAACCAGACCUUAGGAGAUCACCUUCCUUAAUCUCAUCAAGGGACACAACUCUAGGAGAUAAUCCUCCUCCUUCAUCUGGUAAAGAGCUUGCUUUGAACCUGUAGAGAUGGAGUGUGCAAACUGUCAAUAAUAGGUCAUUUGAUGUAAACUCUGUGUCAGAAACUUAUAUAACUGCCAAUUGACCUCCAAUUGGCAGAACAGGCCCCAGAGUUUUCUAAAAAAUCUCUCCCAGAUUAUGAUCCUCAGAUUAGCUUGAAUACAAUUUUUUUUUAACUUUCUUAGAUUAUUGAUUAGUUUUUUUUGUUGAUAGAACUAUAGGUAAGAACAUUUUGAUCCUGGUUGAUUUCCAUCCAUAGGAACCACAAGGCCUGGCAGAUACCACAAGAAAAGAAAAAAAAAAAAAAAAUUACCAGUUGAAGAAAACAGCAAAAAAGAUUGAACAAAAAAAGCACCUUUGCACAAAAGCCUUGCCUAGUUCUGAGAACAGUACUUUUUUGCUUUUUUGUAACUUGACUGUAAAGGAAAUUUUGACAGAACUGUCCCAAAGGAAUAGGUAAUGAGAACCCUGUUAUUUUACCUUCUCUACUGCCCAGUUUUUUAGGUAAAUUUUGCAAGAUAGUCUUAUCUUUAAUUGCUAGGCCUAUACUGCUGGGUGUUUGAGAAUGAAAAUAUUUGAUGAAAAGACUUAAAAUAAAUGCUUCAAAAAAGCAGCCACUCUUACUGAGUUAUUCUAUCUAAGGCAAAAACAAAAAAGAAACGACAUUUCUAUCCUUGGAGGUCCCCGCUAGACUCAAGGGCCAAGAAUUUAAUGAAAAAGAAGACUUUAGGGAAAAUGCCCGAUUUCUUCUGUGUUUUGAGAAAAUUUAGCAGGCAUGCUUCUCUUCUGUUGUAUUUCUGAUAAGGCAGUUAUAUCUGUUUUUCCUUAGUUGAGAAGGCAGCAUUGUAUAUAAUUCGGUUUUUGUCUUCUGACUAAAUUGUAGCUACUCAGGGAAACUUGAAGCUGGAAUAUGGAAUAUACCUAACUGUAUCCCUUCCAUUGCAGCUGCAUUUCUGCAUUUUCCAACAGUAGGACAAUUAAUAAUUUGAGGAAUUUCUUUUAAUUAUAAUCCUAAGCUCCCUGGGUGUUCUGUGAGUGAUGGAUGCUUCUGAGGAUAAGGAGUGUUAAAAAUAUAAUUGCUAUAUCUAUGAAAGAAUAACUUCUUACUCCAUGAUAUUUAAAAUGUAUCCCAUGUAUAGCUGCAAGUAAGAAACUCCUUUUGAGAAGUUUCAUUAUAGAAGCUUCAGUUAUGCCUAACAUUGAGUUUUCAAAUAUAAAUGUUGCAUUUGGGGAUCCAAAUAAUAACCGGAAAUUCCUAGGUAAAAAGAUAGUCAUAACUAAGUAGAGAUUUUGAAGUGAAAUAUCUUCUCCCUCAUCUUUAAUUCUCACCUAUCUAUGUGAUAAUGGCUUAUUUUACUUUUAAAAUACAAGCAAUCCUCAUUAUUUAUAGUUUCAUGUUUAUAAAUUCACCUACUCAUUAAAAUUUAUUUGUAAAAUGCU